UUGCUCUGCUUUCUAGUGAAACAAGGCGUUCAUUGGAUAAAUAGCUUUCGUUUCCCCACCGAUUUACCCAAAUAAAAGGCAAACGGAGAACGAAUCCGAGGCAUCUCUCACUCUGCAUCAUGGAUUACCUAUGCGCAGCAGUCGUUGGUACAGUAGGUGCUGGUGUUGCCGUGCUCGCUGCCCCUGUACUUCUGGGCGCCGCUGGCUUCACCGCGGCAGGAAUCACCGCUGGGUCAAUGGCUGCAGGCAUGAUGUCAGCAGCUGCCGUAGCGAACGGAGGGGCGGUGGCAGCGGGCACCACAGUGGCCGUGUUGCAGGCAGCAGGUGCGGCUGGUCUGGGGGCAGUGGCUACUGCUGCAACUGCUACUGGAGGAGCAGCAGCUGCACUGGCUCUGAAAGAGGCUCUAGAAUCAGCUGCAACUUAAUGCUAAAUGAGGAGGACCGACAAUUCUAAAUGUCCCCGGUCGGCGACUAGUCAUUAA